UCUUCCCAAGAUGGCUUCUGAUGUACAAAGCUUGGGGCUUUUCAACACAGACAUGUCUUUUGACAUGGUAUCCACCUUCUCAGAGGACUUGUCAACUGGAACUGGAUAUCUUCAAGAUGCCAUAGUUACAUUAAGCAAUUGCUGCAAGAGGAGAAGAAUAUCUUCUUUCUGUCAUGAUACAAUGGAUGAUUACUCUAAGAAUUGUUGGAAUUCGAUGGAUUAUGAAGACCCAUUUGUGAAAUUCGGCAGCUUGAGAGGACAGAACUAUGAUCUAGUUGCAGAGGAAAAUUGUUGUUUAAUAAAGAAGGUGGUGUACCCAUUUGAUAUGGUGAAGCCUGGAAGCAUUGAAGGGGACGUGACACUUGAAGACAUCAAUAAGAGGAUUCUUAUGAGGCCCACUAGACCCGUUCGGCACCCUGUAGGGGACUUUGCUUGCCGGCCAUGCGUGACAGCCGAUGGGCUCGGACUUUCAGGAAAAGUAGUGGUGGCUUUAACUAGAAUCCGCACUAGAGGGAGAGGCACUGUCACCAUUAUCAGGACCAGAGGUUGAGGGAGCAGAGAUUGAUUUCCUUUGGAGUGCUUUUACGGCUAAAUAAUGGAA